CUGAAUAAAGGAAAGGACUAGCCUACCUGUGUCGUGCAUGGACCAACCUCUGAAUUCACCGUGUUGCGUGGCGCUGAAUCGGAAUAUCAGCAGUCUUACCUGACAAACUCCCGUUACUUUAAGUCGAGGAAUUGAACGUAACCUUGGAAGUACGGGGACACCUGAACAAGAUAACUCACCUGUAGCGACGUCAUUGCUGUUUUUGUGGAGUGUGUGGGCUUGGGGAGAAAAAGAACGGACACGCACAGAGAAGAAAAACGGGAUAGAAGACAAACUGCGGAGCUACAAAGUUUGUUGUAGAGGUGGAGAACAGAAAGGAGGGAGGACUGCGGGAAGAAAGAGAAGGGAACGAUCCUUCCCGUUUUUUUUUUUCUUUCACGAGGGGAAGGUAUAUUUUUGAAGUACUCUUUUCACCAGUUUACCUGGAGCGUAUUGAUUCUACAGAAACUUGACCGAAGAGGACAGUUUAACCGUAAAAAAAAACGACCAUGCCGCGAGCCUUCCUGGUAAAGAAGGCGAGAUACUCGCCCUAUAAGCGGAACUGGAGCGAAUUGCCAGACGACGAGCGCGGGGACGUAUAUAUACCAGUGUCUGUCUUCCCCGUGCCCUUAUUGGAGGAAACUGAAGCCAGUCCAGCAGAGACCGCCCCCCGUCUCGCCACGACAACGCACUACGAAUACACCAAAUACACACACUCGGUGCGCAGCGUGAUGACCCCUACAGCGGAGAUGCCCUCGUGCACGGUGCUGGGUCAACCCCAGAGCCCUGGUCGGGAGUUAGAGGUCACGGGGUUAGAGGUGAAGAGGAGGGCACAGAGCAGCACCUAUGUCCGCUCCAAAAUCAAGGUGACUACAGGUGAGCUACCCAGUCAGAUUCCAAUACCUCCCCAGCCUUCCAUCCCCGAAAUCACCACCACACCUGUUUCCUUGACGACGUCCCCUACUGCCCUGGUCUCCACAGUAACGAAGUCAGGGACAGGUGCUCAGGCGUCGUUUGUGUGCAAGAUGUGUCAGAAGGUGUUCCAGUACCAGAGGAUGUUGAACCGACACCUGAAGUGUCACAGUGAUACUAAGAGACACCUGUGUAACCACUGUGGUAAAGGAUUUAACGACACCUUCGACCUGAAGAGACACGUCAGAACACACACAGGAGUGCGUCCCUACAAGUGCUCUCUGUGUGACAAGGCCUUCACCCAGCGCUGCUCUCUAGAGUCUCACAUGAAGAAGAUCCACGGUGUGACCCUGCAGUACGCCUAUAAAGAGAGACGCAACAAACUCUACGUCUGCGAGGAGUGUGGCCACACCGCCCCUUCCCAGGAUACACUGCUCAAACACUACCACGCCCUCCAUCCCAACUCCGCCUUCCUGAGGGGGAAGGGGCUGAAAGGGGGGAGAGGGGCAGAGGGGGAGGAGUCGAUGCCUGGGUCGCCGCUUUCGAAUGAUCAGGAUAGUGAUGAUACUACAGGGUCUGGGGUGCAGUAGAAAGAAGGGGCUGAAGGAGAGGGGAAGGGCAGGAACACAACGGUUGUCUUGGUCGAAACUGUCGUCGGGUAAAUCUGAAACGUUAAGGGAACGUCCAUUUUAAAUAUGAGACCUGUUGAGAUUAGGAUUGAGAUUAUGCCCAGUUUGAGAUUAUUCUGGCUUUCACCUGGAACUCUCCAACCGAUGUAGAUUAUCUGUACAAAAAAAACACACAAAAAAACACAACUCUAUAUAUUCAGUAAAGGGAUUAAUAUAUUUAAAUAUGUACUUUGCUAUGAAUUUAUACAGUGUGUUUUAAUGCUAUUAUGCAUUUGAUUGAUGAAAAUAACCAAUGUUUGUUUUGGGGUUUACACUCCUGAAAGUUCCAAAUGGUGGUUUAUAGGAAAUCUUUUGCACAACUACGGUACACUGUAGUACUACUGUAACAUGUUGUAUCUACUGCAAUACCAAGGUUGGCCUCAAUUCCUUUUCAAUUACAGUCAAUAACUGUACAAUUGAAAUGGAAUUGACCCCUAACCCUUGUCUUAUACAACUGUAACGACUGUUGAUAGAAAGAGAUUGUGAAACAAAGUGCUGGUCAUGUUUACAUUCAUAUCCAAUAGGACUUGGAAAGGAUCCAACUUCUACAGAAGAGAUUACUACUUGCAUACUGGAAAAGCACAGUGAGAUUAUUCUAGCCUGGUCCCAGGUCUGUUUGUCCUAUAUAGCCAUCUCCCCUCCACUAUAGCCUGGUCCCAGGUCUGUUUGUGCCGUAUAGCCAUCUCCCCUCCACUAUAGCCUGGUCCCAGGUCUGUUUGUGCCGUAUAGCCAUCUCCCCUCCACUAUAGCUUGGUCCCAGAUCUGUUUGUGCUAUAUAGCCAAACCAUUCCACUAUAGCCUGGUCCCAGGUCUGUUUGUGUUGCAUAGCCAUCUCCCCUCCACUAUAGCCUGGUCCCAGGUCUGUUUGUCCUAUAUAGCCAUCUCCCCUCCACUAUAGCCUGGUCCCAGGUCUGUUUGUGCUAUAUAGCCAUCUCCACUCCACUAUAGCCUGGUCCCAGAUCUGUUUGUGCUAUACAGCCAUCUCCUGUGGUGUUUGACAAGACUAAAUCCAUAGAAUUGGCCUAGACAAUACACAGAUCUGGUACCAGGCCUAAGAUUGUAUAGGAUUUACAUACUGAUUCUCAGGUUAGAAUACACUCCACUAUAUAAUGCUGUUGGUUUUGAUAUGUUUUCUUUUAGUGGGGUUAAUGUAUAGAAACAUUUAUUAUCCUUUUCAUAUCAAUGUGUUUGAACUUGUUCUGGUUGUUUUCAUAUAUUUUUUUUCCUAUAAAAGUGUUUUUUGUUAUUGUUUUUGAGUGUGAUUUCGGGCACUUGAUUCUUGGCCAGUGUAUGUGUGUAUACUGUAUAAGUGCCUGACUACUCAUAAGGGAAAGGCAACCAAAAGGGUACAGAAUAUAUACACUGAAAUAUAUAUAUAAAGAGGUUUUUCUAUUUAUGAACAGGUGUUUGAAUGAUUACUAUAUUAAUGGGGUGAAUGUUUUCUGUGAAUAUUUUUUUUUUUUUUUUUUUUACAAUCAUUCUAAUGUGACUUGUAUCAAAUUGUAUUUUAUUAUAUGUAUCAGAACUCGGAAACUCGGAAAUUUCCAACUUGGAAACUCGUUGUAGAAAAAUUAGGUCCAAUUUUUGGUUCCACUAGGAAAGUAUCAUAAUCAACCAAUUGGAAGCGCUAAUUAAAAAAAAAAAAAAAAAACGUAUGCAAAUUUGAACUCUUGAGGUUCUGAUUUUCCGAGUUGUCUUGAAUGCGGCAUUUCAAAGACUUUCUUCCCUUGUUGCCAAUUUGACUUGUUUAAGGUCUUGUUUUCCUGGUGUGUUUGAUGGGUAUGUUUGAUGGGUGUGGUGGGUUGUGGAUGCUGCUGUAUAUUCAGUGACUCUUACUUUGACAAUCAUGGUGAGGUUGGUUGUUGCUCAAUAUUAAAUCUGUUUCCUG